AUGCAUGCAACGGAAUACACAGAUAUGUCAAUUAACGUGUCGCGGGUCCUUUUGAAACUCACGGGUAACUGGGUGACCAUGAAUGACACUGAGAAGCGUCACAGGGUAUUAGCUAUGUCGUACACCAUCGUCGCGUUAGUUUAUGGUGUAUACGUGAAUGUUGUGGAUGUUUAUCACAGCUUAGAUGACCUGGAUCAUUGUAUCUUUCUCAUUUGUAACACGUUAAACAUUAUACUGGCAAUGUACAAGAUGCUCGUGGUAAAUGUUUACAGAAUGGAAUAUGUGAAUUUAAUUUUGGAUGCACGACAGCAUUUCUGGCAUUUGAAUUAUAAUGCAGACGAAAGUGAACUCUUUAUUGAGUGUCAAAAGGUUUGCAAACUGUGGACGAUACUUAUAUGUUCUCUCACGCAAGCAUCCUUGUGUUUCUAUAUAAUAAGACCAAUCAGUGUGAACAUCGGAAGCAACAAGUCUGAAAAGGUACUUCCUUUCAAAAUGUGGGUCGAUCUGCCUCUAACCGUGUCUCCGUAUUACGAAAUAAUGUUCGCCGUCCAGCUCUUGGCUGUGCAACAAAUCGGUAUCAGUUACAUAUGCAACGAGAACUUCUUCUGCUUGCUGAACCUACACAUGGUCUACCAGUUUCGCAUGCUACAGUACAAACUGAGGAAAUUCUGGUUGAAAAUCAACGAGCAGACGGAUAUUAUCGCUUACACGAGCAGGUGUCAUACAGAGUUGAAGAAGUGCAUCGAACAACAUCAGUCGUUGAUCAGGUUCUCUGACAGGAUCGAGACCAUCUACACGCUACCGAUCCUCGGCCAUGUUGUAGUCUUCAGCAUGCUUAUGUGCUUCGACAGCUACGAAAUAAUUUUGGCAGACGUAUCCACUUCGACGCGACUCAUUUUCAUUUUUCACAUGGUCGGUAGCUUCAUGCACUUAAUUUUCUUCACGUACAUUUGCAACGGGUUGAUAGAGGAAAGUACGAAUAUUAGCAUAGCGACGUAUUCCGGCUGGUGGACAAUUUUGCCAAUGACUGAAGCCGGCAGGAUGCUACGAAAGGAUGUGAGGACUAUAAUUAUGAAGUCGAUGAGGCCGUGUUACAUGUCUGCUGGAGGAUUCUUUCCUGUGUCCUUGCAAACCUCUACUGCUCUCAUAAGUUCCACAAUGUCAUAUUUCACUCUCAUGAGGCAAUCGUCCAUGAAGGUAACGGACGAAUAA